GUGUCUGUAGGAAGCAGUGUGCUUGGAUCUGAGCCCUGUGCUUGUUUCACAGUCUAAGAAUUACUGCAGCGAGAUUAAAGCACUUCAGUCUCAGACAAUGAACUAUGUGGGCCAGAUUGCCGAAACAGUGUUCGGCACUGUGAAGGAGUUGUAUAGGGGCCUGAACCCAGCCACCUUGACCGGCUGCAUUGAUGUCAUUGUGGUGAGACAGCCAGAUGGUUCCUUACUCUGUUCACCUUUCCAUGUGCGCUUCGGGAAGCUGCGUGUUCUGCAUUCCAGCGAGAAAGUGGUUGACAUAGAAAUCAAUGGGGAGCCAGUCAAUCUGCAUAUGAAGCUGGGUGACAAUGGAGAAGCCUUUUUCGUUGAGGAGUCGGAGGAACAAAAGGAGAGCAUCCCUGUCUCCUUGUGCACAUCUCCCAUCCCCUCAGAGAAAAGCUCAGAAUCUGUGUCCAGAUCUUCCAGCUUGUAUGGAAACCCAGAAGGCUUGGGCUCGGACACAGCCCUUCGUAAGAAAAGGUGGCGCAAAAGGAAGCCAAAGAGGAGGGAGUCAGCGGCGGACUCAACUUCAGAAGAAGAAGCCACUGAAAGUGAGCGAUCUCUCGAGGAGAAGCGGAAGCUGUUGACUGCCAACAAUACAAUGUAUUACUCAUUCAUUGAUGUUCAGAGUGAAGAAACUGGGACUCUGCCACCUAAAGAACCCUAUCCUUAUUCUGAUGGAGAGCUGGCUCCCCUGCAGAGCCUUUCUCCAAACUGUCCUUCAGCCCCAAAAAGUGACUCUGAAUUGGAGAUGCGAAAUCCCGAACUACCACUUGGCUCUGAAUCCCACCUGCAGUGGUCGUGGGGAAGGCUGCCUGAGGUGAGCAAAUUGGACCGAGCAGAAGCCACAAAGCCCACCAGGAGUGUUAUCUCCACAACAGCAGCCAUCACCCCAACCACUACAACCACUGUGCCUGUGGGAAAGACAACUCACUUUGCGGCCAUCCCAGCAGAAAGUGACUUGGGCAUGGUGGACUCUGAUGAUGCAUCGGGUUCUCCAUUCACUCCUGUCGUUAGGCCGAUCCCUGUCUUUUCUACUGGGAGUGGCCUUCCAAGGGGUGAAGAGCCCUGUCCUUCCAUUCAGGUGAUUGGCGGUGAUCUAAAGGCCACCCCUGGACUUGCAGGAGAUGUACAAGGCAUAGCAACAGCUCCAAAGAAUGAAGGAACAAGGCCCACCAUGGAGAUGAUGGAAGAGAAUCAGGAUUUGGAUUUGGAAGUGGCAUCUUUGGGGGAUGCUAGUUCGGCAAACACAGAGCCCUGCAUCAACCCAGAGAAGAGAAGGGGUUCCAUGAAGAAAAACCCUCAUCUGGGACCUACUGAUAUUUAUUUAGAGGAUCUCUCAAACCUGGAUGCGGAGCAGUUAGCACUGUAUUUCCCCAAAAGUGAUGCUGAGCUGAGCGGCCAAACGCAAACCGAUCCUGGCAGCUUCUCUUGUGCCCGUGUGCUGGGUAAUACUACUGUUGAUGAACUGUUGGAGACUACAGCACACAACUCGAUGCCCCACAUCCUGCUGUCUGUCUGUGGAGGUCUUGGGGAUGAUGGGGAAUUAUCUCAUGCUGAGAAGUUUACGAAGCAUAUAGUUUCAUACCAAGAGUUUGCAGAGAACCCAGCAAUUCUAGAGGAUCCAAAUUUGGUGAUACAGAUACACAAGAAAUAUUACAAUUGGGCAGUGGCAGCUCCUAUGCUCCUCUCCCUACAAGCUUUCCAAAAGAAUCUUCCCAAGAGUACUAUUGACAAGCUAAUGAAGGAGAAAAUGCCCAAGAAGGGUGGCAGGUGGUGGUUUUCUUGGCGGCGAAGAGAACUUUCGAAUGAGGAGCAUGAAGCCACUGCCCAGAAAACCAGUACUGGAGGCAAGCAUAAGAGGGACUCCUCUCUUCAGAGGAGAGAAGAUGCUUCUUCCAGUGAUGAAUCUGUAUCCUUAAGCCAAGGAGACAGACCUGUACCAGAUGCCCUGACACAGAAAUUUCUUCCUACCUACAAGAAAUCCCUAAGACUCUCUUCAGAUCAAAUUAAAAGUCUGAAUCUCAGAGAUGGGCCCAAUGAGGUUGUGUUCAGUGUGACCACUCAGUACCAGGGCACAUGUCGCUGUGAAGCCACUAUUUACCUGUGGAACUGGUAUGACAAGGUUGUGAUCUCUGACAUCGAUGGGACCAUCACCAGGUCUGAUGCCCUAGGUCACAUCUUGCCACACCUGGGAAAAGACUGGACCCACCAAGGCAUCACUAAGCUGUUCCACAAAAUCCACCUGAAUGGGUACAAGUUUCUCUACUGUUCAGCAAGAGCCAUUGGCAUGGCACACAUCACCAAAGGAUAUCUGGAAUGCGUCAAUGACCAGGGAUGGGUGCUCCCAAAAGGUCCCAUCCUGCUGGCACCUAGCAGCCUCUUUUCAGCCUUUCAUAGGGAAGUGAUUGAGAAGAAGCCGGAGGUAUUCAAAAUUGCCUGUUUGACAGACAUCCGGAAUCUGUUUGGCUGCAACAGGCAGCCCUUCCACGCUGCCUUUGGGAACAGAACAAAUGAUGCCUAUGCCUACAAGGAAGUGGAGCUGCCAGAAUCCCGCAUAUUCACUGUGAACCCCAAGGGGGAGCUGAUUCAGGAGCACAUCAAAAUCCACAAGUCCACAUACAAUCGGCUGGGCGAGAUGGUAGAGCUCCUUUUCCCACCCAUCGGUGAGGAUGUGAGCAUUUCCUUCGUUUUCCCAGAGUACAGCCAGUUCUGUUACUGGAGACCUCCGCUGCCCUCAGUUGACUUUGAAGACUUUGCCUGACAGUGCAGAACCAGCAUCAUCCCCAAAGGAUUGCGAACUGUUGGUCCUCUGGUGUGAUGAACAAGGCGGCAAAGACAUCUUGCAACAACAUUUCCCCCACUAUGUGAAAUACUUGGGCUUUCAGAAAGCCUGUGUGUCUAGGAGCCUCUAGAGUUCCCUCUAGACAUUCUCUUUCAUUUUCAAGGAAAAGCGUGGAAAAGGAAGUCACUUGAUCCAGGAUUUGAUAAACUUGUUUAUGCCUUAUGACGGAGUGCAUUUUUCCUGUAAAUGAGGUCCUUAGGCAUCCGAAUUUUGUCCUCUAGUCUUGAAAUUGGCAAGAGGCUUGAUGAUGGUAUGGUUGAAUAUUAAUAAAUCUGGUAGUAACCCCCACCCCCCGCUGCUUUUUGCCUGGUGGCUUACCUAAUAGGUGUCAGAAAACAUGUGCUUUGGAGGAUGAAACAGGAGAAGUUUGCUAAUAGACAUUUUAGAGCAGUCUGUGGUGGGUGAUAUUAACAAAUUGCUCAGGAAUUCCUCUUUGGCUUUGAUGGACAACUCCUAUCAGGAUUGCUAUGGAGAUUCACUCAUGACAUAAGGCUUUCUCAAUCUGAUUAGAUCAAAUGUGUGAAGAGGGAGAGUGUGGUAGCCCUGCCCCUCUCCAUAGUCACAUUUGUCACCCUUUACAUGUGGAGAGUGACCAUUUGAAGAGAAGGGACUCCUCUACCAAUGGAGGUUCUUCAUGAGAGCUAGAACACUGAUAGUUCAGCAUCCUUGCUUGUGUGAAUUUCCUCAUGGAUCAAGGGCUUUUUCCUCUUCUGGCAGUUGCCGUCCACAUGUAGAUGGUGACGAAUGCGACAAAGGAGAAGGACAAUACUGGCAUGUUCUCCCUCCUUGAAUUUUUGAUCUAACUGGAUUGAAACACCUGAAUAGGGCUUUAAUCAGUAAGUGUCUUGAUAAUCUGGGUAGGUGUGUGCGUUUUCUCCCCUUCCCCAAAGGGUUAAAGGGGAUAUGGUAUCAGAGUCUUGUGCGAGGACUAUCCUCACUAUCAUCCCUAUUCACAAGUUUCACUGUGUUUUUAAAAAUGAGGAAAUCUCAUUUGACCAGAGAUGACAGUGGGACAGGAGAAAUGAUACCACUAUCAUAACUGCUUUCAGCUAUCUCAAACCAUUGUCAAAUGGUUUCAGCUAUCUCAGACCUGGCUUUGUUAGUUGCAGUAAUAUCCAAGGUUAAGUAGUCAUCAUAAACAAUUUCCUUUCUGAAGCUGCUAUUUUUUGUUUUAUUUUUAUGGCACUUCUGAAUUUCAAAUAGACCCUAGUGCUAUCGAGCCUCUCCUGGAUCCUGAACUCUAUCCCUGCCUUGGAUGUAGUAACAGACAACCACCCUCCCUAUGGAUUGCUAUCAUGGUUUAUUUUAAGAUAUGCCAGCGAAGAAUCUACCUGGUGAGGUGUCUCUCAGAAUGCAUUGCUUUUAUGAUGCUGUGGUUUCUUUUAGACUGCUGCUUGGUUACCUGUGUAAUGAGAGAUCAAACAUGUACUCGGUGUAGUGAUUCAGACAACCUAAGUUAUGUGGUUGCUGUCAUCCUGGACUAUUGGAGUUUAUGCUUCUGUACAGCUGGCCAUCUUUUGUAUGGGAACACAGUCAAGAGCCUUCCUGGGCCUCAUGUGCAUUUUUUUAAUUCCUUGGAUUAGCAUUGGGAGGGAACACGAGAAAGUACAUAGCUAGCAAAGAAGCAACAGAGUGUUCUGAGACACUCUGGAGAACUUCUGCACAUUUUCCCCACUGUCCAUUGGCAGCAUUGCUGUGAAUUUAAUGAAGGCAGGAGAGCUGGAUUCAACCCAGGGCACCAAUUCUUGUUCUACCUCACAUGACACUUGCCUCUUUUUGUGAACCUAGAUGGGACUUUAGUGCACUAAGGAUGGUAUGACAUAAGUCCUAUGAGUUAUUUACACUGAUGCAUCUGCUGGUCCAUACUUAAUACAAAUCAGGGCUAAAAGACUCUGCUAUGCAGUUGUGGCAAUAAAAUAUUUUUGAAUAUCUGAA